AUGAGUACCUCGCCUCCUCCCACUCCGGCAUCGAGGGCCUUGUUAGAUGACGAGUGGAGAUUCGAACCUAUUACAUUGCCCUGUGAGUGGGUGGAGGACUACCGCCCAGGUGGUUAUCAUCCCGUCGUUCUUGGCGACGUCUUCAACAACGGCCAGUACAAGGUCAUCCGGAAGCUUGGCGAGGGCUCCUACUCAACUGUUUGGCUGGCCUAUUAUCGUUACUUAUUUCCUUUAAGAAAUAGUGGAUAUGUCGCUCUGAAGAUUCGUGUGUCGGAAAUCUCGGGAUCGACAACUGAGCUCCGAAUCUUACGUCACAUCACCGAAGUCGCUCCUGUAGAAGGGGCCCGGCAUAUCACACGACUGCUAGGUGAGUUCGAACACCGCGGGCCCAAUGGCGCCCACAGAUGCCUAGUAUUUGAGCCGAUGGGUCCAAGUGUGAAUACUAUGGUUGAGGAGCAGCCGCAAUUUAAACCUCGCAUGCAAGGAAUGAAGAUCCGCUAUGCGCUUCGGAUGGCAAAGAGCAUCCUCAAGCAAUCCUUGCAGGCUCUUGCAUUUCUUCACGAAAAUGGUAUCGCCCAAGGAGACUUCCAACUGGGGAACAUACUUUUUACUCUUGACGAUAUCAACUCAACGCCUGAGGUCCUGCUGCGGCAGGAGGAAGAUGUACAAGCCGAAUCAAUCUCACCCCCGGUACAGAGGGUAGACGUGCCCUUUACUUACUAUGGCGAAGGUUUCAAGGUCAAAUUAUCCGAUAUGGGCGGCGCGUAUUUCUUUACCGACCCGCCAACAAAGCCCGUUACUCCACUCGGUCUUCGAGCUCCCGAGUUGAUUCUUACCGGAGCCGUUGACGUUGACAAUACCCUUGAUGUCUGGAGUUUCGGCUGCCUUGUCUUUGAGCUUAUCACCGGACAGCCACUAUUCUGUAUACCGGGGUCCGACUUUGAAGAUGACGAUCAUCUUCUCUCCCUCACCGCCCGGCUCGGCGCCCUCCCCGACGAGCUCUUCAGGCAUUGGAAGACCUCAUCGCUCUACUUUACGCCCGAGAGGAAGCUCUUUGAAUUGUCAAGUUGGAGGAGUCGCUCCGGGGCAGGAACCGCUUAUGAUCUUGAUGAGGAGGAAGCCCACAAAGUGAAGGCGCUCAUUCGCUGGAUUUUGCAAUAUGAUCUCGCGAAGAGACCUUCGCCUGCGCAAAUCUUGUCUGAUCCAUGGUUCUCUGAAAUUGACGUUGAGAGCGGCUCGUCCAAAGUAUCCCUAGGCUAG